GACCUACAUAGAUGAUCUCUACCGACUCUACGAACAACCAGAGGAGGCUACUGCUCCCGGGGGUAUAGAGGGAUAGUUGGGACUAGAAAAGAGAAAUGAAAACACGAAGGGCAAGGGAGGCAGUAGGUGAGCAGAUUCUGAAGAUUGGCUUUAACCCUUUCUACAUGGACUAUGCAGGGAAUCAACAAGAACUAGGCAAAAUGGCAACGGAGGAGGAGACAGAUAACCGUAAGAGUGAAGGAGAACCAGGCUUAGAAGGCAGUGCCGCRCAAAGCGAAGGGGGACAGAAGGACARASAAUCGAUAAAUCCGGAUGGUACCAAAGGGAACCGGAAGGAAAUCUCCACAGGAGAAAGCUCGGGGAAAGCCAGGGGAAGCAGGCAAGGGACCCAGGGGACCAAGGAAGGCAGAAAUAAGGAUAGGACAAGCCCCCGAAACUCGGAAGGAGCCAUGCCUAAGAAAGUAAGGGUCACGGAUACGAGGCGCAGACUAACCGAGAUAGAAAAGAGGACCGCGGAAUACAAGGCAAGAUUGACUGAGGAAAUUAUGACUGGGAACGAAGAAGGUCCUCUGGAGGAGGAACCCCGGGACGAACGGAAAGCCAGCCAAGGUGGGGCUGGACAAGGGGAUAAAGGUAGUGACCGUGGGGGAACGCCAAGCAAGAGAAGGAAGGAGAGAGAGAACUCCCCGGGGAUGAAAGCGGAAAAGGCUACGACUCCGCCAGCAAUGGAUAGUAGGGCUAGCCGCCUGCCGAUCACGCUGGCAGCAGCACGAGGAUGCGAAGGACUUUGGAGCCUUAAGGAAAGAGUGUUGGGAUGGUUUGACCCGGAAGGAACUAUGAAAACAAGGGAGGGACAGAAGGCCGGCAAGGAAAGUCCGGAUAGCAGUAUGGCAGGCGAGGCUUGUAGCUCCGAGGGCGGCCUUAAGAAGAUAGUGUCGUCCCUCGCGCGAGCACUAAACAAAAAUCAAGGCUAUCUGGCAGACGCCAAAAGGAAGCUGACUUUCGAUGAAGCAAAUAUCACGGAGUUUCUGAUCGACUACGAGAACCUAGCUGUGUUACAAAAGUGGACCGAGGAGGAAAAGAUGGGCCAUCUAGGACAGCAUGUGUCAUUAAGCCUAGGACGGGACAUAAUGGCCAUUAUAGUCGCAAGCUGGUCUUGGAAGGAGACCCAGGAUGUGAUGAUGAGGAAGUACCUAGCGGCAGAGAAAAUGGCAACGGAGGCCGACCUAGCGGCAGUUCAGAGGAAGAACUUCGCAACGUACAACGAUUUCCUACGGAAAUUUACUCUAGUAGCACUAAGGAUCCCCGGGGUCACGGACCUGAUAGUGAGCAAAUAUUUCCUCAGGCAGUUCUCCGAGUUCGACAAAAACAAGAUCCUGUCAGCUUACCAACAGACGAGCAAGUUCGUAAACACGCGGGAUGUUGAUUUUAGCACGGUAACGGAUCUGGCUGAGAAAACGGUAGUAACGGAGACGUUGGCCUUGCUCAAGGAAGGAGAGAUCAUAAAUCUGACCGGUAGGACGGGCGACAAGGUAAAGAAGGGGAUUGAAAGUCUACAUGAACGGGUGCACGGGGUCGAGAAUAAGAUUGAAAGGAUGGAAGGCGCGCUACUGGUUAUGCAGGCGCAAGUAUCCCGACCUGCCCUCCCUCCCCAGGAAGCUGUGGUUCCGCCAGGUGUAGCAAACUGGGGAUUCAGACGGAGAGAUCCUGCUAACGAGCAAUGCAAGUACUGUAUCGCGAUAGGACAUUAUGAGCGUGCGUGCCCAAAACUCAACCAUGAUAUUCUGAAAAGAAGGUGUACAAGGUCUUUAAAGGGGGAGAUAUUUGGACCACAAGGGGAACGGGUGAACUGGAACUCGCCAAGAGGGAUGCAGCGAGCCAUUAUCAUGCUCAACGGGUUAGAAAUAACGGCCGUAGAGGCCGAACCGGUGGGCGAGAUCAUAUGGGAUCAACUCCGGGGGCGCGGGCCGCAGGUCAACUUCGUUUUGGAAAGCGACGGGCGGGAUAGGGUAAACGCGACUACUCGACUAGGGACGGCUGGGAGAAGGAUUAUCCGUGACGCCGUAAUGGAGGAGGUUGCUGGAAGUUCGGAACCCCAGGCAGAGCCYGAGGCCGAGGAAACRGAAAAGGUCUAUGGGAAGYCUAGGGAAGAGGAGCCUGYGGACAAGGUUACCGCCGCUAAGAAGAAGUUUCGGUAUCAAAUCCCGAUCUUAACCUUGCCUGAGCUCGACGACACCAUUAGCAAGUUACUAGGAACCAUGGUGUCGGUGUCUUUUCAGACCAUGCUGCAGGCUAGCCCUAGGUUGCUGAAAGGGCUCAGACAACUGUUGACUCGGAGGCGAGUAGAAAUACGCGACAACCCCGAAUUACCAGAAGGGGAGAAGGAGGAGGAAACUCUGCAAGAAGUGGCUAACCUUCAGAGGAGUCACAGGGACUUGGAGGAUCUCGAAAAGGCCUUUGCAGACAUUCGUUUGAGCUUGCCUGACCGAGAGGGCGGCGAAGUCAUGAGAUCACUACCCGGGACGAAGCUUAGCUUCCAUGCGCUGCCCGUAGGGAAACUGAAAAUCCGGAUCGGGAGUCAUCACACCGACGCAUUAGUAGACGGGGGAGCAGAAAUCACUCUCAUAAGAAGAGAUUUCGCAACGAUCACAGGAUGUACGGUAAACAAGGAAGUAACAGGGAGCAUCCGGGGAGCUGGCGGGGAAACCCCGUUCGCUGGGUACGCCACGAAGUGUGCUGUAAAGGCAGGGGUCAGGGAAUCGAUCAGGUCGUUUCAGCGGAUGACCAUAAUGGAGGAGAUGGACCACGAGAUAAUCCUCGGGAGACCGUGGUGCGCGAACGUGGAGAUGAUAGGCAUGCACUUGCACGAUGGCUCAUACAUGGUAGACGUAGAGGACCCUGUGACCGGCCGGGGAGAGCUCUUCCGACUCCUUGGAACGGGAGGAGACCCCCCAAAGGGGAAAUUGGCAACUUGGUUGCCGUCGUUCGAGGAUAGCAUGCGAAAGGGGGCUUUCGCACGAAUGGAGGGUAUGAGAGAAAAGGUAGAAAUCAUGAUUGAGGAAGCAUUCAACAAGAAGGAGUGGAUCAAGAUGGGCCUGCCCCAGAAGAAGAGGAGGCAGGAGGACGAAGUCCUAGGUGUUAUGGUAGCGGAAAAGGAGUCAGAGGUCGAACUUGGUGCUAGCCUGCCCAAACGGAAAGAAGUAUUCAUAGACGUGUUAGAAAUCGCACUCGAGAUGCCCGAUCUAUUACAACUCAUCAAGGCCCUCAGAUACCACAAGGUAGGAGUGGAUUCGACACCCUUGGCCAAGUUCGAAAGAGAGGUGCAAAAGGGAUAUUGCCUGAAUGGGAAACUAGUUAGUAUUCAACCACGAGUCGUAGAGGCGACGGGAACAAUUCCGAGUGUUCAUUUUUUAGGAGAAAGAUCCCGGACGGAAGUGUUCGAAAGUACAAGCCGGAAGCCGGAUCCGACAAAAACCGACAAGAUAUCACAGUUGCUGACACCGCUGCGCACGACGACGGAGGAAACAGGAGAGCAGGUGUACGUGUCCACGUUCGGGCGGCAGAUUAAGUCGAAUCUUGCUCACAGUAUCGAUAAGAGUAGAGGGCUGCCGGCCGCAAGGCCAAAGCUUGCCGGAGGUGGCAUAAGGCCAGUAGCGGGGAUUAAAGACUUAUCCGCAGGCCGGUAUGUUGUGCCUACGGGCCUUCUGCGCCGAACUCCGUAUCCGUGUGUUAGAUCAACUGCCCGAUCAGACGACGCGGUCGCUUUCCCUGCAUCACUGCGGGUGGCUCGACCGACUGGGAUCACUACUGCGGCUAGAGGGCCGGCUGCAAGAAGGAGGGAGGGGGCAGCAAGGCCGCAAGAUCUGAAGGCUUAUCUACCGGGGGACGUGCUGCUCAGGGAAGGAGGGCAUAUGCCCGGCCUUGCUGACAAUCUGCAAGUGCCAUAUCCCUGAGCGUCAUGGUAACUGAUGCUGGUGGCGGAUAAUGAUGGUUGAGGCGCAGCCCAUGAAGGACU